GAGGAAUUCAAGCUUCCGAACAUGGCGUCCCUGGUCAUCAUGAUCGUAAUGAAUUUCCUUCUUCAAAUAUCAUUUUUCAUCGUCGUUUCAUCAUCGAACAAGUAUACAGAGCACUUGGGAGGAAAUGCCACUUUCUCCGGUAUCAUCAUCGGUAUUCCAACAGCCUUCGCUGGCCUUGCUUUGAUUCCUUUGACGCAGUAUGAUAGAGGGAUGUACAAAAUGCCCCUUCAUGUCAGCUGCUGCUUUUCCAUUCUAGGUCAAAUUGCCUACGCUCUUGCGUUUCCGGUCAACUUCUUGUAUUUGAUUCUGAUCGGCCGUUGCCUCACCGGUGUUGCAUUUUCCAUGUUCAUGUACUGCAAACGGUACUGCACGGACCCUCAAAUUGUUGGAAUAAGACGAAGGACGACACUUGCGAGUUGGUUGGUCGUCUGUCAAGGUCUGGGCUUGAGCCUUGGCCCAUUCCUCGGUGGCUUGCUGUACAAGAUUGGGUUCUCCAACUCAAUUUUCAACGGUUAUACAAGCCCAGGAUGGAUCAUGGCUGGUAUUUACGCUGGCUUCUGGGUCCUGGUGACAAAAUAUUUUGAGGACGUUCCUCAACCACCAACCAAGACGAAGUUGUCUCUCCCCAUAGCAAAAGGUUUCGAGACCAAGCCUUAUUCAUUAGCGCCUGCCACAUACCCUCCGUCGCCCAUUGACGAAUCGCUCGGAACACAACUCUCACUGAUCACACUGCCUCAGUGGGGCGUCAUUGUAUGCAUGUGCUGGUUCUCGAUGGUCUGCUUUUUCAUCCUAGGCUCUUGGGAAGCCAACUUACCUGUGUUUGGUGCUGCCACUACAAACCUUCGCUGGUCUCCGUUUGACGCAGGAAAUUUCAUCGCUCUCGGUGGGAUAACAUGUUUCCCGUUCCUCCUCGUCAAUCUCCUAGCUGUACGUCGUACGCAAGAUCGCAAACUCCUUGCUUUCGGGACGAUGAUCGGCCUUGCAGGCCUUCUCAUCUUUCUUUCCAUCCUUCAUAUGGACAAGGUCAAUUAUGGCUCAUUGUUCGCAUGUUGGUGGACCGUGGCGCUUGGGUUUAAUAUUGCGACUACCGUAACCCUUAGUUUACUCAGCAAGCAACUCCCGCCCAAGUGGAACGGACGCACUUCAAUCGCAAUUCAAUGCAGUAAUUUUACCGGUCGCGUGACUGGCGCAAUCUGGGGUGGUUCGGGCGUUUUAGUUGGCAUGCAGAACUUUGUAGGAUUGGAGAUUGCUAUGGUUGGUAUCGGGGCUGUUCUGUUUACAAUAUUGUGGAGGGAGCUGAAGACGAAGACAGGAUGA